AUGAGCGGCAGAGGCAAAACCGGUGGUAAAGCCAGAGCGAAGGCUAAGACUCGUUCAUCCAGAGCUGGGCUUCAGUUUCCCGUCGGCCGUGUUCACAGACUUCUUCGCAAGGGUAACUACGGAGAGCGCGUUGGUGCUGGAGCUCCAGUUUAUCUCGCCGCUGUGCUCGAGUAUCUUACUGCUGAGAUCCUGGAGUUGGCUGGAAACGCCGCUCGUGACAACAAGAAGACUCGCAUCAUUCCCCGCCAUUUACAGCUGGCAGUGCGUAACGACGAGGAGCUUAACAAACUCUUGGGUCGCGUGACCAUCGCUCAGGGCGGUGUGUUGCCCAACAUUCAGGCUGUGUUGCUGCCAAAGAAGACCGAGAAGCCCGCUAAGGCAAAGUAAACUAUCCAGUUCUCCAAAACUAAACAAAAGGCUCUUUUAAGAGCCACCCACUUGAACUAUAAAAGAGUGAAAUUGGCAUUUUAGUUUAAGGACAAUUUGGGACAACAUGGUUCUAAACAUAAGAUCAUAAGUUACAUUUACUUACAUUUCAGUCAUUGGUGUCACUUUAAUGUCAGAGGUUUUUACAUGACUAAACUGAAAUUUAUUUUAAUGUUUUUACCUAGUACAGUUUUUUUUUUUUGUACCUUAAAACAUACCGUUGUCUGCUAAUGUCGUGUUUAAGUUGCCCACAACAUUACAGCUUCUAAGAUUCACAUGCA